UUUAAUAACAAACGCAAGCUCAUUGACGUGGAGAACGGACCCAACUUCUGACUUAAAAUUUUACAUCGACGGCUGCGGAGAAGUAAUGUUCACAGAACAGGAUGAAGCCCAUCAUGGAGCGAAGAGGCAGUUGGUUUAAAGUAAAAGUUAUUCUGUUGGUUGUGGCGGUUUGUUUGGAAACAACAGGCAGAACCAAACAGGUCAAGGGUCAGAGGGCAUUAGAAGCUGAAAGGUCACUGGUUGCGGUGGUGGAAGAUGGACAACAAGGUGCCCUCCAGAGCGGUUUGGGUUUAAAGGCGCAUUCCACUGAAUCUAUGGGAAAUGUGCAGAGUGCUGAAGCAAAUCCGUCCAGAGGUGCUGAAGCUGUUGAGCUGUUGAGCGUUCAAGAAAACAAUAAUCCACAGCCGAGUGAAGUCAAACAAAACAAAUGGAUAUUUGACCGAGAUGGUGCUGCACCAAGGGAAAUGUCCAUUACGGAAGUGCUGCAUUUACUGGGCAAUGGGCAAAUGUUAAACGAGGCUAGAACUUGGAAAUCUCUACAGGGAGCAUACGUUUAUGAUAAACAAAGAGAACGGUUCCAGGGUGAAAGUUUAUUACAGGGUGAAAACGAAAAGGGACUUAUCAGCAAAAUGUUGUCAGAGAACUCAGACCGCAGAGUGAAGAAGAAUGCAUACAGGAUGAGGAGAGAAGCUCCAAUUACAAAUGAUUCACCUAGCAAGGUGCAUGUGAGUCCUACCCCUAGCGGGGCCGGUGACAUCCAUCCGAGUAACAUCAGUCGACCUACCCAGUCUGAUAUGACCUCAAAAGCCAGCGAGGAUGAACCAUCCUCGCUGGCUCCAGUUCUUUCAGGAGACGUGCUGAGCCCUCUCCCGAUCACCGCUUCCAGCCAUGAUACCAAAGAGCCAGUCAGGACCACCCAUUGGCCAGAGAUCCUACAUGAAGACAUCACUAUGAACAAGCGGCCAACCACUCCUCCGACUCCAGUCCAGAAACAACCAGAGCUAACUCUCUUGCCGAAAGUGCCAUCAACGACCAAAACUCAAGGUGAACCGUCACCAAAUCGUGGCCCUGUGGUGCACCGCACCACGCCGUCUUCCACACUCGAGCCCACUGCGCCCUCGACCACAAAUGCCAGCAGCAUCUCGCCGGAAUCCAAGAUCAAGGAGAGGACGCUGGACAACGAUUGCGUUGGCGGCAACUGCGACGCGACCUUUGUGGGAGCCAACCAGUGGACAGACGACGCCUACUGGGCCUUUGGGAGCCUGCUGACCAUUCUCCUGCUGCUGACAGCCGGCGUGCUGUACACGGGGCUCUGGCGGAAGCGCAAUCACAUGUCCAACCCCAUCAGCGACGUCAACUGCCACGCCCAGGUCAGCCCCUCUCGCAAGAGCAAGACAGACAUCAAAGAUCUUCUCAAGAAGAAACUCCUUCACAUCAAGAGCCUCAACAACUCCCCACUAUCCUCCCCUUCAACACCGCCAUCAGGCAAGCCAGAUACCAGCCAGCACAAUGGUGGCACCAGCCGAAGGAGCAGCAACGGCCGGGCCGGUAACCGGUACAGCCACCGCUACGACAGGCUCCCGCUGCUAGCUGCAGACGAGAACGAAGAGGAGGAGUUCUCCAGGGAGUGGGGACCACAGGCAUAGUGUAUGAGCAGAACCAGUGUAGUGAAGGGACUUGUUUGCCACCGAGCGUGAGUUUCACUGGUCUUACAUGCAACAAUGUUACCUCAAGUCCGCUGGUUUCUUCAGUCCUUCACUUCCCAUGCUAUUCAAAAUUGAAAACAUGUUACCAAAACUUUAUGCAGCUUAGAAAGUCGUAUAUUUUUUUUAAAAAGACUUCCGAGUUGUUUAUUGAAUGUUACUGUCUGUUGGUGAGUUUGUGUAUAGAGAAACCAGUUCUGAGUAUACAUGAACCUCAGCCUUUGGGUUUGAGUGGAAUAUUUGAUGAGACUGAGUGCAGAGAUAUAAAAGAAGAUGUAAAAAAAAAUGUGCUCGAGUUUGUUCUGAGUGAGUAAUCGUGUGUUUGAGUGUAAAUGCAGCAUACUUUGUGAUUUUUAUGAGUGUAUUUGAUUUUUAUUCCUACAAAAUGGGGCCAUUUUUAUAACUGUACAAAGGACCGAAGCGAACACGUCACGCGCACAAUGACCGGUGUAAACCAACACGGUUGAACAUUCACAUGCCCCGUUUGUUUGCACUACUCUUUCUGGUUCACACUGACGUCACACUUCGGUACUCUACAUGUAUAUCAGAUUGGAACUAAAGUCUUUCUUUCUAAUCUGGACGCAGGUAACCUAACCUGGAUGGGCAUUUUAUCUCCUGGGCUUUUGUUUGUAUUCCAAGCCAAUUCAGGAAUGAGAAAAAGCUUGAUCGAAAUGUUCAAUGUGUGCCGUAGGUGAACUUCUAGAAAGGUCUGACGCUCAUUAAGUUUGUAACUAGUUUUAUCCUCCAGAGAGCAAAUGCAUAUAUUUUUUAGAAGCAAUCAAAAGAAAAAAGGCAUUGCAUAAAUUUACUAGUUUCCUUUCUGAAUCAGCAAGGAUAAUUGGAGUGUAAUGUGGUGAGCCGUCAACCAAGCUGUGUUGAAGCAGUAUGGUCAGAUCUCUUGGGCUUUCUCUCUUUAGAGCACACAGCCCUGAAUUGAUACAAUGCAGUGGACAUGGCAUGGUGUUCCCAUUUGUUCCUGCAACACUCUCCCAUAGAGUAAACUCAGCACACACACAUGCUUACUUAUAUGUACUUUGAAAGACUGGUUCUGAACAAAAACAUUGACCAAUAAGAAGAGGUUAAAUACUGUGAUCCCUUUGUCUGUCCGCUAUGCUCAAGCAAAUACAAGCCCAUCCUUGGAGAUGCCGCGGUAUGUACAUGUACAUGUAUUUAGCUUUCGUACAUAAAGAGAGUACAUGUACAGUGAAUCACUGAAUGCAUGACUUACAUUGUUGCAUGUUGGGGUAGCUUUUGGUAGAAGUGUUUCAAUGGCAAAAGUGCCUGUGGAAGUCAUUCUUGGGACCUGUCUAUCAGACAAAACAACAUACAUGUACAUGUAUGGAGGCUGACUUAAACAAUUUACAGGCCUGUGUCUACAAGUUUGGGUAUGUUCAAAUUGGUAAACUCAAUUAGAUAUUGUGGUAUUUACUUGUAUUCCAAUCGUGGAUGUUCCUAAAAUGCUGAAGAUUUCAUGUAAAAAGAGCUUUUGUUGGACAGGGUCAGCGAAUACUUGACAAAAGUUCAGGUAAAUGAAACCAAAGUUUUGAAAACUUUGGUAAAGCGUUCCAGAACCAGUCCAUUUAAAAAUAUGUGCUCUGUUGCCUAUGGAACGUGUAGCUACAUGUAUAUAUACAUGUAUAUAUGUGUUCUUUCCUACAGAAUUGUAAUGUUUAGUUAUAAAGUGGCCCUGAAGUCACAGCAAAGUGAGUCAGUGCAUGAUUGCAAGUGUUGAAUACACAUGACA